AUGGAUCAACUUCCCAUGAUGCGAUUGACGUAUGAUCUUGCCACUAUUUAUCGGAUCGAGCACGCUGGUAGAGUCAGCCUGCCAGUAUCACGAACCAUCGCCGUCUUCUUCUUUGGCAUCGCAUGUAUCGCUGCCAUUGGUAGACUCAUAGUCUGCCUAACCAUCAGACGCCGCCUGUAUUUUGACGAUUACGUGCUGUUCUUUGGUUUAGCCUCCCUUGGAGCGGCUAUGGGAGUAUACAUCAAAUUCAGCUGGCUCAUAUACGUUCUGAAUAUCAUCAAAUAUGAUCCAACAGUAAUACCGACCGUUUCUGAUCUGCAAGACAUUAUGAACGCUCAGGCGAUCAACUACUCUCUCAUGGCGCUUAUGUGGUCAGCAAUAUUUCCAGUGAAGCUCUGUUUUCUCAUCACUUUCAAGGUGUUAAUAUUAAACAUGAGCCAAAGAAUCGUCGUUUGGUACUGGACUACGCUUACGCUCGUCUUUUUGGUUUGGGGCUUCUUGAUCACAGAGUCCUUCAUUAUAUGCCCUUACACGGGGGAUGCACUUCUGCAGCACUGCACACCUGAAACGCCAUACAAACUCACAAUCGCAGGCAACUGGUUCGCGUUUGUCUUCGACGCCAUCACGGACCUGAUGAUCGUUGCUAUUCCCGUCUACAUACUACGAAAUGUUCGCAUCAGACUCACCCAAAAGGUUGCCAUUGCUUCAUUUCUUUGCCUCUCGUCGGCAAUGGUAGUUCUCGCAAUCGUGCGUCUCAGUCUCAGCCGGUACAAGGGCUGGGGAGACUUGGCUACACAAUACAUCUUACUCUUUAUUGAGGCAUGUGUCGCUAUUACGAUGGCUUCAGUAGCAGCAUAUCGGGCUGUGUUUGUUGAGCACAGCCGCCAACGCGACCGCGAAGAACAGGCUCUGCCGGAAGAACAGAGACGCGUGCACCAUAUCAAUGGCAAACACUUCCAGCUGAAAGAAAUACCUGCGGAUAGUCUUUCAGGCCGCGUGAAGCAACUGAGACAGGAUCAUGAAGGAAGGUACCUGGAACGCCCGAAGACGGGUGGUCCAAACCUGAGCACGGUCUUGAGUUUCGUGCAGAAAGUGGGUAGAGGAGAAAGUCAUGUUACAGGAGCAUCGACGCAUAAUUUGAAUAGCGUGGGUAGUAUCGAUGACUCAACGAAACGAAAAGAUAGUAUCAUUUAG